AUGUCGUCAACUGAUGUUCUCAUUCCUAAAGAUCCACCCACGUAUGAGUCACUGUACAACAAUAUACCCUCGCAAUCCUCUUAUACGAUUUACUCAAGCAUAGAACACCAACAACAGUAUGAAAACCAAGGUUAUUUUGCAAGAGCAACAUAUAGCAUAAAGAGGUUUGUUCGACGGCAUUCACCAUGCAUACAAACCACAACAGCGGCCAUAUUUGUAGCGGCCACUAUUUCCGCGACGAUUAUGUUAUUAUUGUGGCAACUACAAAACUUGGCAUCCCCUCAGAAUCCUUCAGAAGGUGGCGAUAGUCCUUGGUUUGAUCCAUCAAACUGA